UGAGAAUGGGGCAUGGUUUCGUGUGGUCCUUACAUGCUGCAGAGACCACAUAUAAGAGCACUCCUCAAAGCUGCUUUGAGAACGAAGACCUCGUGGGACCCAGAGCAGCCUCGGACAGGCAGCAAGGGCCCGUCACCAGAAAGAGAACACUGCUCGAAGCAGGUCUGCAAGUAAAUAAUAACAACAAUAAUAAUAAUAACAAGAAGAAGAAGAAGAAGAACAAGAACAAGAACAACAGAGUUGGAAGAGACCUUGGAGGUCUUCUAGUCCAACCCCCUGGCCAGGCAGGAAAGCCUACACCACUUCAGACAAAUAGCUAUCCAACAUCUAAAAAAUUUCCAGUGCUGGAGUAUUCACAACUUCUGCAGUUAUCUGACUGCUGGGCUAGAGCGUGAAACUAACCUAAGAAAUUCUACAUUCAGAACCAUCAUGGACCCAAAGGAAAUGAGCACUGGAGGCAUGAGACAAAGAAGCUCUCAGGAGCAGGCCAGGGGAGAAGAGGAGACACAAUUACUCAAUGGAGAAGCUGAAGACCUGGAGAAAAUCACUGCUCACAUCCAAUGGAAGAGACACCUGGAGGUGAUGAAGGCAAAGGUACUAGAAGAGGUACACAAUCAGCUGAGUGAUCUCUUGGACAAGACCUUGGAAGAAGCAGCUCAUUCCAGACCCCAGCAAUUGAGUGUGGUCCCAGCAAGGAAGCAAAGCAGAGAGAAGGGUCAGCUACUGAAGAAGAAAGUCUUUGUCCCUCAACGGUCCUUGUUUGACACGUUGUUGGAGAUGGAACAUUUCCGCACAAUCCAUCACAUAUUUGUGGCUCUGUUCUGUAUCUUUGUCCUCAAACAAAUCAUUGUGGAUUCCAUCGAUGAAGGACGUCUUGUUUUGGAUUUCGAGCUCAUAAUCACUGCCUUUCGACAGCUGCCCACAGCAUUCUUUGCCUGGCUCUGCAUGUUCCUCUACACCUUAUUUGUGCCCUACCAGGCCCUGCAAAUAUGGUCAGGCUGCUUGAAGAUGACCAGGUUCCCCAACCUCUUGACGGUCACCUUGGUGUUGCUGGUGCUGCUCUGCCACGCUGCAGUGCUGGGCUUCUUCCCCAUCUAUGUUGCUGUCUACUGUAAUUUGGGAAUUGUCUCCCGUAAUAUUGUCCUCUUUGAGCAGGUCCGGUUCCUGGUGAAAAGCUACUCAUUUCUGCGAGAAUCGAUGCCGCCUCUUCUCCAUGCCAGGGACCAAAUUGGGAAGAUAAGCCCCCCUGAAUUCUCAACCUACUUGUAUUUUCUCUUCUGCCCUACUUUGAUCUACAGAAAGAGCUAUCCAAGAGAUCCAUACAUCCGCUGGAGUUACGUUAUCCAAAAACUGGUUGAGUUUCUGGCGGGUAUAUAUAUUAUAAAUUUAUUUAUGAAAUGCUACUUCAUCCCUAACUUCAGCAACAUGCAUAAGCAGCCCUUCACCAUCAAAAUCCUGCUGCUCUCCAUCUUUGAUUCAGUAAUACCCGGGAUACUUAUUCUACUCAUGAUCUUCUAUUUCUUCCUGGACUGCUGGCAAAACAUAUUUGCUGAGAUCCUGCGCUUUGCAGACCGUUCUUUCUACAAGGACUGGUGGAAUUCCACAUCAUUCUCUAAAUUCUUUCGGUCAUGGAAUGGGAUUGUACACGAUUGGCUGUACUGCUAUAUUUAUCAAGAUUUUCUGUGGCUGAUUGGAGGGAGAGCCCGAGGUGGAGCUAUGCUCAUUGCCUUCCUUUCGUCAGCGGUUUUCCAUGAAUACAUGGUCACCUUGACUUUUGGCUUCUUCUAUCCUGUCCUGUUUGUGCUUUUUGCCAUGACUGGAGUGUUCUUUAACUUUGUUCUCAAUGAUAAGAGAAAAGGCCCUGUCUGGAACACCAUCAUAUGGAUAUGCCUCCUUUUGGGCACAGCUACUUUUUUGUCCUUAUACUGCCGAGAGUUAUUUGCGCAGGUCCACUGUCCACUCAAGGAGAAGACCUUCUGGGGGCUAGUGACUCCACGUUCCUGGUCUUGCCACCCAUAAGCAACUAUUUCCAGCCUACCCUAGCCUACUUUGCUUCAAAAAUCAUGUCUGACAAAGAUAGCACAUUACUCUGCUGCUGCGACAACAAGGACUCUCAACAAGGACUUCCAAAGCUGUAUUUAGAAAUUCAUCACCUGAGGGUGCUAAAAUUUGGUUUGUAGGUUCAAAGGCUCUCAUCUAGUAGAAACAAAACAUCUACAAAGAUCCAUGCUGUGUCACGUUCUAAGGGCUUCUUGGUGCUCAAAUUCUAGGCAAAAGGAGCAAAGGAAAAUUUUUGAAUGACCAUCUUUGGUUUUUCUUUCUUAACCUACUUAAAAGAAAAUGUGAGAGCUCCACUUUGAAACGUAGAUUAUCCCAUAUCCCAGCUUUAAUCCAAACUAUGUUAUUUUUAGAUCGACAGGUAGCUUUCCAGAUACAGGUGAAAUCCAGCUCGCGGCAUGUCCAUUGAUGAGCAGCAAUGGGAGUUACAGUUCAACAAUAUCAGAAUUACUGCUUAUAUUUUCUACCUUUAGACAUUCAUUUAACAUUUUAUCUCCAGCAGUGAAGGAAGGGAACCUGAAUUACCACCAGCAAUAUCCAUUCAAUGCCUACUGUACUGUGUGAACAAUUUUUGAAACUAUAUUUGGAAAUAAAAACAGAUUAUGCCAAAUCAAUCUUAUUU